GUUUAGUUCAUGACUUAAGGAAACUUGCUAUUCUCCUGAUUGUUAUAAAAUGCAGCUUAACAAUUAUUUAAAUUGGCCAGUAGUUUAUCUUAACCCGGAGCUGCAAAUCCAGCUGCAUUGCCGGUAUUUCCUAUCCAAUGGUAAAACCAGACUCGAGUCCUGUCGUUACUAGCAACCAAUAGUAGAUGCCAUUGGCCCAAUAAAGCUGGAUUACGCAUGCGUUUGGGUAAUUAUUCGCCACAUGUUUGAAUUACAAUUCGAAUAGCAACUCGAUACAAUAGACCACUUUUCCGCUAAGAAGCCUCAAAAACAGCAAAAUGACUGACCAAUUGACAGAGGAGCAAGUUGCCGAAUUCAAAGAAGCAUUCGCCCUUUUCGACAAAGAUGGCGAUGGCACUAUCACAACCAAAGAGUUGGGAACAGUCAUGAGGUCACUGGGACAGAACCCUACGGAGGCGGAACUUCAGGACAUGAUAAACGAAGUCGAUGCUGACGGUAAUGGUACUAUAGACUUUCCUGAAUUUCUCACUAUGAUGGCCAGAAAGAUGAAAGAGACAGACAGUGAAGAGGAGAUCCGAGAGGCAUUCAGGGUAUUCGACAAAGAUGGCAAUGGUUUCAUAUCCGCCGCAGAACUUAGACAUGUCAUGACAAAUCUAGGUGAAAAACUUACUGAUGAAGAAGUAGAUGAAAUGAUUAGGGAAGCAGACAUUGAUGGAGAUGGACAGAUUAACUAUGAAGAAUUCGUCGGCAUGAUGACCUCCAAAUAGAGACAACAUACAAAUAGAAUUUAAAACAAGAAAACCCGAAUCCGUCCACAAUAUAGGUUUCGAUGAACACGUUGCUCAAGUUUGAUAAUAUGACUUUACAAGUAUCACGAGAGUAGUCUAGAAUGGCAUAUCGUAUUUAAAUAACUCCAUUUGUACAAGUCAUCCUGGAAGUCACUAUACUCAUCCGGUUAUUCUAGUCUAUUUUCUUAGCCAGUUUGAACUCCUACCAAUAAAGGAAAGGCCACCAUGCUAGGACCAUCACAAUAGACUAAUUUGAUCCUUAGUUUUCAAUCAUCAGUACGACAGCGUAAAACGUUAACAUGCAACAGAAAAUGCCAUUGAAAUACAGGUCAACCGAGAUAUGAUUUUCCCGAGUAACGUCAUUGUCAUCUGGUUACUGAUUUUCUAGGUAUUUAUCUUUGUACAAUCAACAAUAUAAAGUGAAUAAAACAAUUGUAUAUAAUUAUAAACACUUA